AUGGAUAAAGCACAUUCAUUAAGUACUCUAAUGGUCGUUAGAACUCUCGAUCCUAUUAAAGAUCCUUUUAGACCAAAAGUGGAGAAUGAGGAAGCACUUGGUCCUGAAGUACCAUAUUUAAGUGCUAUUGGUGCACUAAUGUAUCUGGCUAACAGUACUAGACCAGAUAUUGCGUUUGCUGUAAAUUUAUUAGCCAGAUUUAGUGCAAUGCCAACACAACGACAUUGGAAAGGAAUCAAACAUAUUUUUCGUUAUCUCCAAGGAUCUAUUGAUCUUGGUCUAUUAUAUCCAAAAGGAUCUCGACAUGAAUUGAUUGGAUAUGCAGAUGCUGGGUAUCUUUCUGAUCCGCAUAAAGCCAAGUCUCAAACUGGUUAUAUAUUUACUUAUGGCAGUACAGUGAAUUGUGGUUUGAAAUCUGAAAAUGAUAAUCCUUCUACUAUCUUGUACGAAGAUAAUGCAGCUUGUAUAGCGCAACUGAAAGAAUGA